AUGGAUAAAGAUGACAGAUAUGAAUGCGAAUAUUGUCACCAAAUUAUUAAGCAUCGUUAUUCCUUAGAAAGGCAUGUAAAGGUCGUUCAUCAAGGCUAUAGACCAUUUGCUUGUGACUGUGGCAAACAAUUUGCAACAAAAGAACAACUGGGAAGACAUCGCAAUAGCAAGCAUUCUUUGGAGAAGCCUUACCAGUGCGAGAGGGGUUGCGAUAAAGCUUUUUCAUCAUCAAGCGCAAGAUCUUAUCACCACAAAAUGGUUCAUGAUCGCCAAAAAUUCAGAUGCCCUAUGUUGGGGUGUAAUAAGCAAUACUCAUCAAUGCACCACCUAAGAAACCAUUUAUCGAGGCCGCAUGACAAUGUUAUUCAACUACUUAAUACUAUUUCGUGGCUUCCUUAA